ACUCACUCGGAAAGUGGAUACGUUUUUCCCGCUGCUCUACGAGACCUCAACAUUUCCAAUUAUUUUCAGCCAAGAAAUUCGCUACAGGAAAUCAGUUCCAGAUCUAUCCAGCCUACCAUGUCUGAACCAGGUUCUGGUUGUGGUGUUCCAGCCCAGAGAAGCUCACAGCAGGGUCCAAAGUUGCUGUCAGUGAAGCUGGGGUACUGCAGUCAAACAGUGGAACUCAAUGUGAUUGUCAAGGAGGAGGGCGAGGAGAGAGAAAUCAAUGAGCGGGAGGAGGAAGAGCGAGAGGAGGACAGGGCCUCUUUUGACUCAGGAGAGAUCCCCAACCCAGACUCAGUCAACGAGCCCAGUUCCACAGCUUCAAGUCUGCCUGGUUGUGGGAGUUACCCCUGUCCUCAAUGUGGGAAGUGUUUCAGUCGAGCAGGAGACCUGAAGACUCAUCAGAGAUCCCACAGUGGAGAGAAGCCUACCUGUACUCUCAAUGUGAUUGUCAAAGAGGAGGACGGUGACUGUACUCUCAAUGUGAUUGUCAAAGAGGAGGAGGAUGAGAAGGAAAAGAGAGGAGUUGAGGAAGAGAAGGAAACUAGUGGUAUAGUUGACCCAGAUACAUCAAGACUUCGUGGUCGUUACCCUUGUCCUCAAUGUGGAAAGAGUUUCAGUUCCUCAGGUAAUCUAAAGAAUCAUCAAAGAGUUCACAAUGGAGAGAAACCUUACCACUGCUCUCAAUGUGGAAAGGGUUUCAGUCGAGCAGGAGACCUGAAGACUCAUCAGAAAUCGCACAGUGGAGAGAAGCCUCACCACUGCUCUCUUUGUGGGAAGUGUUUCAGUCGAGCAGGAGACCUGAAGACUCAUCAGAAAUCGCACAGUGGAGAGAAGUCUGCCAGUACUUUCAAUGUGAUUGUCAAAGAGGAGGAGGAUGAAAAGGAAAUCGAUGAGACGGUAAAGAGAGAAGUUAAGGAAGAGCAGGAACCUAGUGGUGUAGUUGACCCAGAUACAUCAAGACUAUCUGGUCGUGGUCGAUUCCCCUGUCAUCAGUGUGGGAAGAGUUUCCGUUCCUCAGGUAAACUAAAGAAUCAUCAAAGAGUACACACUCGAGAGAAACCAUUUCACUGUGCCACAUGUGGGAAGAGUUUCCGUGAAAAAUUCAACCUCACGAGACAUGAGAAGGUACAUAGUGGGGAGAAGCCGUAUCACUGCACCCAGUGUGGGAAAAGCUUCAAUCGUUCGGGAAGUCUUAAGGAACAUCAAAGAGUACAUACAGGGGAGAAGCCUUACCACUGCUCUCUUUGUCAGAAGAGUUUUAGUCAGCCAGGAAACCUUAAGAAACAUCAGAGAAUACAUACAGGGGAGAAGCCUUACCGUUGCUCUCUGUGUGGAAAUAGUUUUUGUUUUGCUGGAAACCUAAAGAAUCAUCAGAGAUCACACUGUGGAGAGAAGCCUUACCGCUGCUCUCAGUGUGGGGAGGGAUUCCCUCAAUUAAAAAGUCUUAAAAGCCAUCAGAAAAUGCAUAUUGGAGAGUCGUCUCCCUCAACUUUCAAUGUGAUUGUCAAAGAGGAGGAUCGUGACUGUACUUUCAAUGUGAUUGUCAAAGAAGAGGAUGAUGGGAAGAAAAUUGAUGAGAAGAAAGUGAGAGAAGCUGAAGAGGACAACAACAACAGUGGUUUAGUUGACCCAGAUGCAUCUAGAUUGCCUGAUCGGGGUCGUUACCCCUGUCCUCAAUGUGGAAAGAUUUUCAGUUCCUCAAGUAAUCUUAAGAAUCAUCAAAGAGUACACACUGGAGAGAAACCUUUCCUCUGCUCCCAAUGUGGGAGGAGUUUCAGUGAGAAAGUAAACCUUAAGAGACACGAAAGAGUGCAUAGUGGAGAGAAGCCUUACCACUGCACCACGUGUGGGAAGAGCUUCAAUCAUUCAGGAAGCCUUAGAGAUCAUCAGAGAAUUCAUACAGGGGAGAAACCCUACCACUGCUCACUUUGCGGAAAUAAUUUCCGUUUUGCUGGAGACCUAAAGAAUCAUCAGAGAUCACACAGUGGUGAGAAGCCUUACCAAUGUUCUCGGUGUGGAGAGGGAUUCAGUCAGCUAAGAAGUCUAAGAAGUCAUGAGAGAAUAUCCAUUGGAGGGAAGCCUGCCUGUGCUUUCAAUGUGAUUGUCCAAGAAGAGAAAGAAGUUGAGGGAGUGGAGAGUGAUGUGAAAUAAACGUGAAGUGAGGAUACAUAAGCUAACUAUAGGUAUUGAUAUUCACACCUAUCCUUGCAAUGGUGUCAUGGACUGCACCAUUUAGGGCGAUCUUCAUCAUCUUCUUUUACUUCUAUGAGUGUAUUGGAAGUUCACAAAUGAACUCAACUUGAAUACCACCACCGCCUAAUGUGCUAGAGAGUGUAUAAAUCUGACCUUUAUUUUGACAGGGAGUCAAUACUGAGACCCGAGGUCUCUUUUCCAGAUGAGGCCUGUAUAGCACCACGAUACACAUUAAACUGCCAAUUCAUAUACACAUGAAUACACAUUAAACUACCAAUUCAUAUGCACAUGAAUACACAAUAAACACAUUCAACUACCCAUUAAUAUACAAUAAACACAUUCAACUACCCAUAAAUAUACAAUAAACACAUUCAACUACCCAUUCAACUACCCAUUAAUAUACAAUAAACACAUUCAACUACCCAUUAAUAUACAAUAAACACAUUCAACUACCCAUUCAACUACCCAUUAAUAUACAAUAAAUACAUUCGACUACUCAUUAUUAUACAAUAAACACAUUCAACUACCCAUUAAUAUACAAUAAACACAUGCAACUACCCAUUCAUAAACCCAAUAUACACGGUGUUAUACACAACAUGACACAAAGUAAAACACAAUCAUAAAAAAACAGACAUUCUUUAGCAACAAGGUUCCCAUAACAACUGUCUGAAAUGCCCUAGAGGCACCAAUUCCUCUGAUUUUUUUUUUAAAGUGCAUUGUAGAUUAUUCGACACACGCAAGGCACAAGGAAACCAAAUGCUGAUCGACCGAACUCUGUAGACACCGAUGGAGUCUCUAGAGUUAACUAACCCCGUGAACGGGUUUGAGUUUUAAAAAUCAGUAAGGGGUUUUUCCUGCACAACUGUAAAAUCAGACUGUAGUCUUGUCACAGCCAGGUCAGCAGUCGAGGUAAUUCCGUAACGUAAUAGUAUCAUCCCUAUUGAGAUGAGAUCGAGACCAGAUCGUUAACAACUAUAGUGGUUGCUGUAAUAGUGCUAUUCCCAGGCCUAAAGCCUUCACAUGAGAUCGAGACAAGAUCGUUAACAACUAUAGUGGUUGCUGUAAUAGUGCUAUUCCCAGGCCUAAAGCCUUCACAUGAGAUCGAGACAAGAUCGUUAACAACUAUAGUGGUUGCUGUAAUAGUGCUAUUCCCAGGCCUAAAGCCUUUUACAUGUUAACGAUCUUGUCUCGAUCUCAACUAUAGUGGUUGCUGUAAUAGUGCUAUUCCCAGGCCUAAAGCCUUUUACAUGAGAUCGAGACAAGAUCGUUAACAACUAUAGUGGUUGCUGUAGUAGUGCUAUUCCCAGGCCUAAAGCCUUUACAUGAGAUCGAGACAAGAUCGUUAACAACUAUAGUGGUUGCUGUAGUAGUGCUAUUCCCAGGCCUAAAGCCUUUACAUGAGAUCGAGACAAGAUCGUUAACAACUAUAGUGGUUGCUGUAAUAGUGCUAUUCCCAGGCCUAAAGCCUUUUACAUGAGAUCGAGACAAGAUCGUUAACAACUAUAGUGGUUGCUGUAAUAGUGCUAUUCCCAGGCCCAAAGCCUUUUACAUGAGAUCGAGACAAGAUCGUUAACAACUAUAGUGGUUGCUGUAAUAGUGCUAUUCCCAGGCCUAAAGCCUUUACAUGAGAUCGAUAUAUUGAACAAAACGUUUUCCAUUCACACAAAAAAAGCUUAUUUUGUGCGCAAAUUUGUUUACGUCCUUGUUAUUGAGCAUUUUUUUCUUUUGUGAAGAUAAUCCAUCCACCUGACAGGUGUGUAAUAUCCAGAAGCUGAUUAAUUAAACAGCAUGAUCAUGACAGCAUGAACAUUGACAAACUGAUGUCCCAGCCUUAUUAGUCUAGUGAUGGUAAAAACACAACGUCUGGCCUCCCAAGGGUCACCGCGGUCUAAGGCACUACCGUCCUUCUUUUGAAUGCACAGAUGACACAAUAAACAACCAUAUCUAACCCGAACUACCACAGUAUCAUGUUAAAGGGACAUUUCACCAUUACAUAGAUGACUAAUCUCAAGCACCACCCCCAACAUCGAACAUUUGUGAAAAUGGCACAUUGUUAUGUUUUGCGGUAAAAUAUAUAGAGGAGUGUGUGUGUUUCCAAUGACAUCAGUGUGAUUUUAACCAAUUAUCAGGCAGAAUUGUUUACUAAUGACCUACUAAUUGGUUGAUGACGUCAUCAACCAAUGUUGAUGUUGGGGUGGUGUUUGAGAUGAUGAAUAUGUAGUAUGUUUUUUUUUAAAUACAUUAUUUCCUGUUAAAGUAACGUAUGUACAUGACUAACAUGUAAAACAGUAGCUUAGUCUAUAGAGGCUUGUAUACUGGGGGCUGAGUCUAUAGAGGCCUGUAUACUGGGGGCUGAGUCUAUAGAGGCCUGUAUACUGGGGGCUGAGUCUAUAGAGGCCUGUAUACUGGGGGCUGAGUCUAUAGAGGCCUGUAUACUGAGGGCUGAGUCUAUAGAGGCCUGUAUACUGGGGGCUGAGUCUAUAGAGGCCUGUAUACUGGGGGCUGAGUCUAUAGAGGCCUGUAUACUGGGGGCUGAGUCUAUAGAUAUAGUAUAUACUGGGGGCUGAGUCUAUAGAUAUAGUGUAUACUGGGGGCUGAGUCUAUAUAUAGUAUAUACUGGGGCUGAGUCUAUAUAUAGUAUAUACUGGGGGCUGAGUCUAUAUAUAGUAUAUACUGGGGGCUGAGUCUAUAUAUAGUAUAUACUGGGGGCUGAGUCUAUAUAUAGUAUAUACUGGGGGCUGAGUCUAUAUAUAGUAUAU